AUGAAUACACCUGUUCUUCUCUUCCUGACCUUCCUGGCCUUGGUGGCUAACAUGACCCUCGCCAUUCCUACUAACCCUGGCAAGGUCUUCACGACUAUUACCAGCGGUGUCGUCAACUCCGGCGUCGAGGGCACCCUUACCGAGUUGACCAUCGCCCCGGAGAAGACUGGUGGCGGAAUCGACUACAACGUUGAAGACAUCCCCCUCGGCCCCGAGUUUAUGACCUUCACCGUGGUCAACAAGCACACUGCGAACAUCAGCACCACUCACGUGGUCGGCGAGGGUGCGCCAACUGCGGUGUCGGGACCUGUCGGUGCAGGAACCAUGGCGCCGAAUGCAUCAUCAUCCUUCGCUGUCCCGGUAAACUGGACCGGCAAUGUGGCAGUGAUUGAUGCAGCAUACUCCCUCACCGGGGACGUGUCUUUGAUCGAGGGGAAUUACGUGCAGACCUGGGACUCACAGAUUGCGGUAAUAGACGUUGACAUCAGCUACGUGAACGGCUUCACGCUGCCCAUCGUCUGCUACUGCAAUGGAACGCAGGUAACUGGUUGUAUGAAAGACCUCUUCAGCCUGGGAGAUUGCCCUAAAAUGGAUGAUCAAAACGCCUGUAUCAACCCCGAGCGUGGCGACGACGUGACUAAUACGGCGUCACCGUUUUUCCAGCCCUGCCAGGGACAAGCAUACACGUUCCCCAACGAUCACUCUGCCAAUAGCUGGGGCGCUUGUCAAUCCGGAGUCAGUUGCUGUGUCGGGAUGGCCUGUGGCCCGGGAGAGUGGACCCCCUGA